UUUUUAAUUUUGAUUACACAGUCGGUGGACAGACAGCCGCUGCAAAAUGUCUUUUAGCAAUUUAAUAAAACGUUGCACGUUAGUUGCCCCUCAAUUGAUAAAACGUAGUAUAUACACAAGCACUUCUAGGACAAGUAGUAAAGCUUAUGAUCAUGAUGGCAAAACUAAAAUCACCAUAUUCAAUACACAACAGGAUUUGGGUAUAAUGAUUACUGGCUACAGUCAGUAUGGCUUUCGCAUGAACAACGAUAUGGUUGUUAUAGGUCCAGUUGCAGUCUUUCCCAGGUCUCUUUUGUCAUGGAAUGUGGAAUCGGUUGAUGACAUAAACGAAGAAAGCUUGUCCCUAUUUACAGCUUUGGAGCCGAAAUUGGAUCUAUUAAUUAUAGGUAUUGGAGACCAAACAGCUUCGCCCAGUUUCUCCAAAAAGAUUUUGAGUUUUAUGAAAAAGUAUAAAAUUAAUGUAGAAGUUUUAAGAACCGAACAAGCAUGUGCUACAUUUAAUUUCUUAAAUGCGGAAAAUCGAAUGGUUGCUACAGCUUUGAUACCUCCUCUACAUAUAACUUACAAUGAAAAUGAUGUGUUGGGCACAAGUAUCCAAAGAUUCAAGCAAAGUUUUUAGAGAAAUCGUUUAGAAUAGUUGAAUUUAAAUUAAGUUUAGUUUGUUCGUUGUGUUGAAAUGUGUAUUUAAUAAUAAAAUACCAAAAGCUAAAGAAAGAACUUACCUGA